GGCGGGACCCGCCUCCGCGGCCGGCGGGGCGAGGCGGGGCCGGGCCGGGCCUAGGCGCAGUGCCGGCGGGGGAGCGGCGGGCUUCGGAUCGCCGUGGGCACGGCCGAGAGGCUGUCGGUGAGAAGGGGAGAAAUGGCCAAAUCGACGCAGUUAAUUGACAAUGAAGUCUUCCGGGCUUACGCUACUUACACAGCCAUUGUUCUUCUGAAAAUGAUGCUAAUGAGUCUGGUAACAGCAUACUUCAGGAUCACAAGGAAGGCAUUUGUCAACCCAGAAGAUGUAGCAUCAUUUGGAAAAGGGGAGAGUGCUAAGAAAUUCCUGAGGACAGAUCCAGAUGUUGAACGUGUACGCAGGGGCCACCUGAAUGACCUGGAAAAUAUUGUCCCAUUUGUUGGCAUUGGUCUGCUGUACGCCCUGAGCGGCCCAGAGCUGUCCACGGCCCUGCUGCACUUCAGGAUCUUCACAGGGGCUAGGAUCCUUCACACUUUUGCCUACUUGAUCCCCCUUCCCCAGCCUGGCAGGGGUUUGUCCUGGGCAGUUGGCUAUGCAGUGACCUUCUCCAUGGCCUACAAUGUCCUGAAGACAGCGUGGCUCCUGUAGCAGAGCUGUGGCUUCCCCGUCCCCUCUGACAUUCCACACAAACUUCCCGGCGCUGUACGGUGAUGUCUUCAGUAUUCCGUGGUAGCUGGGAUUCUUUUUUUUUUUUUUUUUUUUUUUUUUU